UGCAGUUUGUCGAAUUUAAGCGCUCUCAUCACUCAAAGCUAACACAUUUUCCAUUGGUGUUGAAAAUUGUCUGUCCAGAACAAAUUUUUUGUUAUAAUCAAUAAAAUAUGCGCUCAUUCAAACCAUAUCACGCUUAAAACUAACAGUUAUUUUCUAUAAAUAAAAAUUUUCACUUUUGAAAGAGUUGAGAUUUGUAGCAGAGAAGAAAAAAAUGCGGCGAAUUGAACAAAAACAAAAAAUUCGAUAUUUUUUAUAUUAAAAAAGAAACGGAACAUUGAUUUUUUUGGAGUUAGAUGGUGCAAAUGAUUUGUAAUCAAGCAAGGUCUAUUUAAAAAAUUGUACAACAUUUUUCGAAUGAAACAAGUGGCGCACAUUUGUCUAUUCGUUUUCGAAUGGAAUUUAUGUCGAGUGUUUGAUCAAUGGAUAUUUUACUAUUCGGUCAGGUGAAUAUCUGCGAAUAGAAUAACAAUUCGGUGAAUUUAUAAAUUUAAAAAUAAAAAAUAAAAAUAUUGUUGCUAUGAAAAAAUGUUAUCGUAUUUAAGAACAAAAGUGAACGUUUGGUUCCGACAAAAUCGAUUAGUUGCGAUCUGAAUUUGGGCAAACUUAACAUAAACACUUUAAAAAGCGAUUUACAAAAUUUAUGAUUUCACACAAUAAAAAGGCGUCACCAUACCCAAAAAGGAUCAAAAGUGAAUUGUCUUGAAUAGACAAUAAGGACAUUAACAAUAAAAUAGCAAAUAUUUAACAGAAAUACAUCAAAUUCAAUUGGACAUUAAGCAUUAAUUCAAACGACAGUAAAUAUGAAUCGAUUCCUAUUUUCAUUAUAUAUAAUAUGCCUGGUGCAUUACCAAGUUCCUAAGAAUUGUGUAUAUUCAAUGGUUGUAAAUGAUAUUGAAAGUGGUGGCAGUUAUUUGGCCAAAGUGUUUGAUCACAAUGAAAAUCAUCCAAACCAUCAGCAGCAGCAGCAGCAAGAAUUGCUUCAACAACAACAGCAUCAUCAUCAUUUAAGACAUAGCCACAACCAACAAAAUUAUCAUCGUCACCACACCGUACAUCAUCAUCAGGCCGAUGUGAAUCAUCAUGUGGAUGCUGGCAACCACAACGAUGUCGAAAUCGGCCAUACGCAACCAAAUAUGUGGCAUAUUUUAGGCCAAACCGUUAAAAGUAUCGAUGAAAAAUCGGAUAAGCAUUUCGAUGAGCAGCAAAUUUUCGAUAAAAUGCAUCAUCAAAAAGUGAAUUGUCCAAAGUGUCGAAAUCGCCCCGAAUUGCGUAUGACUGAAGAAGAAUUAACCAAACUGCGAAUUGAAUAUGUGAAAAAUCAAAUAUUGAAAAAAUUGCAAAUGACCGAACGACCAAAUGUUUCAGCUGCAAAUUUACCGCGACCCAUCGCCGAAGGUUCGAUGAUUUUUCCAGAAGAUGAAGAAGAACAACAGAAUCAUGCAUUCGAACAAUUUUAUGGAAAAACAACGCAAAAGAUUAUUUUCCUAGAGUUGGAUAAUGAAAAAUGUAAAGAAGUGGAAAAUUUCGGUUCAUACAUGUGCUUUACAUUUGAGAUACCAGCCGAUAUUGAUUAUAAUGAUGUUGAUGCAGCCGAACUAUGGGUUUAUCGUCAACCAGAUCCAAACGCUGCUAAUGAAGCGCAAUCAUUUUUGGUCAGCGAAAUUGAAAGUUGGGAUUCUAAAAAAAUCAACAAACCAUUCGCCAUUCACUAUGCAAACAGUUCAGAAGGAUGGGGUAAAAUUGAUUUUACAUGGUCCAUACGUAAUUGGAUAAAAUAUAAGAAUCUCUUUCACGUCAUCGACAUUUCAUGUAAUACGUGCGAAAAACAUCCAACAGUUGAUCUAUUUUCGCUCGACUAUGGUUACCGGCCAUUUAUCGUUGUAAACACAACAUCGAGCCAAACAAUAAAACGAAAACGACGCAGCAUUGAUUGUUCACCCGGCGUAUCACAAUGUUGCCGUGAUAAAUUGUACAUAUCAUUCGCCGAAAUUGGUUGGAACGACUGGAUUCUUCAUCCUCUCGGCUAUGAUGCGUACUUUUGCCGCGGUUCAUGCUCAACAAGCGCCACAAUCUCAUCCCCUACAAGCAUCUACCACACAGUUGUUCGGCAAAUGUUGGGAAGUCAGUCAACGCACAAUAAAGAAAAUAGCUUUGAAUUGGUUCCAUGUUGUACGGCAACACAAUUUUCAUCACUUGAACUACUUUAUAUGGAAAAUAAUUCAACAGCCACACGAAAGAUGCUGCCAAACAUGGUAGUUGAGGCAUGCGGUUGCAUGUAGUCAUUACGGUCGAUUGUUCAAAAAAAAAGAAGAAAAACGAAUCUUUUUGACGUUAAUUUUUUUAAUCUUCCAUUUCAUUGCAAUGGAACACCAGAUUUCCACUCUGUUUGUCAAUUCGAUUGCAUUCAACAACUCGAUUCUUUCAUUGCGAAUUAGUUUAGUGAAUUUAGUUGUAUAAUAAUUUAUUUUUGUUUGUGUAUAAGUAUUAUGUAGCUCUGAGGUGCUCAUUAAAUUUGUUGUUUCUUGAGAUCAGACAAGAGAAAAAAGACCGACGGUCGAACGCAACAUAUUACUUAAAUUGAAAUACAGUAUUCUAUCAAAAUAGACUCAACAUUUUAUGGUUUUGCCCAUUUAAGAAAAAUCAAUUAU